GCGGCGGCGGCGGCGGCGGCGGCGAGUGGGUUCGCAUCCCGGCAUUUUGCUCUCUAGUCGGCCUGUUUUGCUUGCUCGGCUUCCUGCUGGGCGCUUCACGGCCUCUUCAGUGAGGCGAGGGAGGGGCUAACAGGAGGGGAGGGUUGAAGGCCCCUCCCCCUCCCGGCGGUGGCGCUUCCCUUCCCCCGCCCCUCCCCCCGCCCGGAGCCGGGACUUCCUGUGGCAGUUCAUUUCCUGGUCGGCGGGGGCCGCGCGCGGAGGAGGCAGGCUCGGCAUGGUCUCCCCCCGGGCAGCCGCCGCCUCAGCCGCCGCCUCAGCCUGCCUCGGAGCCCGGCGGUGGCUCCGGCUCUGCCCGUGCCCGGCUGGCGAUGCUCCCGCUGCCGCUUCGUAGCGAUGCUGCCGGGCCGGAGCGGCGCCCGCAGCGGAAGCGGACGUGGUGACAGGGCGGCCAGGCCAGGUACCUGCCGCUGGCGACGGGCGGGGAGGACGCGGGGGGACGGGCGGCGUCCCUGGUCGGGAAAGGUCUGAAUAUUACUCAAGCUCUGCCUUUCAGGACUGGCAGAGAGGAAGCAAAGCAUUUGACCUCUAAGGGGAAAGAAGAUAUUGCUGCAAAGGGAUUAAUUUUGUCUUGAUUCAAGACGUGAAGAGUUGUGUACAUAUACGUAUAUAUUUUGGAGAUAUAUAUAUAUAUUUGGGGGGUGUCAUAUUUAACUUGCUAAACAAAAGACUUGAAGUGACGCCCUCCUGGAGCAAUGAAGAAGUUUUUUGACUCUCGGCGAGAGCAGGGGGGCUCUGGGGCUGGUUCAGGAACCCUCGGAGGGAGUGGCAGCAGCACCGGGCCUGGAAGUGGGUACAUUGGCCGGGUUUUCAGCAUUGGCAGGCGUCAAGUGACUGUGGAUGAGGUUUUGGCAGAAGGUGGGUUUGCUCUUGUCUUUCUGGUGAGAACCAGCAAUGGGAUGAAAUGUGCCCUCAAACGAAUGUAUGUCAACAAUGAACACGACCUACAAGUCUGCAAACGGGAGAUACAGAUCAUGAGGGAUCUUGUGGGACACAAGAACAUUGUUGGAUAUAUUGACUCCAGUAUAAACUCUGUGAGCAGCGGAGAUGUAUGGGAAGUCUUGAUCCUCAUGGAUUUUUGCCGAGGAGGCCAAGUGGUGAACCUCAUGAAUCAGCGCUUGCAGACAGGGUUCACAGAAAACGAAGUCUUGCAAAUCUUCUGUGACACCUGUGAAGCCGUGGCCAGGCUGCACCAGUGCAAAUCGCCCAUAAUCCACAGGGAUCUGAAGGUGGAAAACAUUCUGCUGCAUGAUCGUGGCCAUUAUGUUCUGUGUGACUUUGGGAGUGCCACCAACAAAUUCCAGAACCCUCAGCUUGAAGGAGUGAAUGCAGUGGAAGAAGAAGUCAAGAAAUACACCACACUGUCCUACAGAGCACCAGAGAUGGUCAACCUCUAUAGCGGCAAGCUGAUUACUACAAAAGCAGAUAUCUGGGCCAUGGGUUGUUUGCUGUACAAACUAUGUUAUUUUACUUUACCAUUUGGGGAGAGCCAAGUAGCAAUUUGUGACGGAAACUUCACCAUUCCUGACAACACACGCUACUCGCAUGACAUGCACUGCCUCAUACGUUACAUGCUGGAGCCAGACCCUGACAAGAGACCUGAAAUUUACCAGGUCUCCCAUUUUGCAUUCAAGCUAGCUAAGAGGGAAUGUACGGUCCAAAAUGUACAGAACUCUCCGAUCCCUGCCAAACUCCCAGAGCCAGUGAAAGCUAGCGAAGCUGCAGCUAAGAAGAGCCAGCCAAAAGCCAGGCUGACAGAUCCUAUUCCUACAACAGAAACAUCCAUCACCCCACGCCAAAGACCCAAAGCUGGGCAGACGCAACCUAAUCCAGGAAUCUUGCCCAUCCAGCCUGCUCUGACUCCCAGAAAGAGGCCCACAGUCCAAGCAAAUGUCCAGCCUCAGGUUGCUGCUCCAGCAGCGCCUUUGGCAGGCAGUCAGGCCUCCCUUCCUGCCGGUGUCCCACAGGCGAAAGCUCUGCCGCAGCCGACUCCGCCUCUCCCGCAAGCUCCGCCCAAGCAGCCAGCCCCUGCACAGCCAGCCCCGGCCUCCCAGCCACUGGUCCCUUCAGCUCAGCCCCAGGCGGCCACCCCGCAGCACCAGCUGAUCUUAAAACAACUGCAACAGCCGCCGCCACCGGCUGUGUUUUAUCAGCAGCAGGCACCCCAGCAGCUGCCGCCACUGCAAGUUCAACAGCUCCAGGUGAUGCCCCAGGCACCUCAGCCACCAGUGAAGCCACAGUUCCCAGCAGUGCAGCAAGGAGUGCAGCAACAGCCUGCGCAGAAUUAUAUGCAGCAGCAGCAGCAGCAGCUGGCACAACAGGGGCCCAUCCAGCAGAAGACAGCCUCAGGGCAGCAGAAGCAACCAAGCCAGCCACAGCCCCAGGUGCAGGUGCAGAAGGUGGUGGCCCAGGCAGUCGCUGCUCAGGAUCCUCCGCAAGCGCCUCCACGACAGCAAAGGGUCCCAGCAACCCCUCCAUCAGCUGUCCAGGGGCAGAAGGUGGGCUCCCUCACUCCUCCGUCCUCCCCCAAGACCCAGCGAGCGGGGCACAGGAGGAUCCUGAGUGACGUGACACACAGCACUGUGUUUGGGGUCCCAGCCAGCAAAUCAACACAGCUUCUGCAGGCAGCAGCAGCUGAGGCCAGUCUCAAUAAAUCCAAGUCUGCCACCACUACACCCUCUGGGUCCCCCAGGACCUCACAGCAAAAUGUCUACAAUCCGCCAGAUGUCUCCACCUGGAAUCCUUUUGAUGAUGACAACUUUUCCAAGCUCACAGCAGAGGAGCUGCUGAACAAGGAUUUUGCAAAACUAAGUGAUGGUAAACCUCCAGAAAAGCCCAGCAACUCAACAGAGGACCUGAUCCCGGGUUUUCAGCCAGCACCUUCCACAACACAAGCAGAUGCAUUUGGUUCAUCUUCUCUUGCACCUGUGUCAGCUGAAAAAGCAAAAGAUAUCCUGGACUCUAGCUCUCCGCUUCUGGCUGUUCCUGACCCUUUCAUUGCUCUUCCACUAUCAGAUACACCAGAAAAACUGAUUGAGGGCCUCCAGUCUCCUGAGCCUGCUCUUCUGCUCCCCAACAUCCUGCCUCUUGCUGAUCCCUUCGGUAGCACUUCUGAUGCUGUGAAUGGAAAAGCUGACCUAGCGGUUGAGAGUCUCAUACCGGGCCUCGAAGCUCCUGUGUCCCAGCAUAUAUCAUCGCAGACAGACUCUGUGGCUUCAAACAGAGCAGAUUCUGUCACUGGGGAGGGCUCCCUGCUUGACUGCUCUCUGCUUUCUAAUCCUGCCCCUGACCUUCUGGAUGAGUUUGCUCCUUUAGCCGGUUCCACCCAAACUCACAAAGAAAUUACUAACCUGAUCUCUGGCUUCGAUGUCCCUGAGGGCUCUGACAAGGUGGCAGAAGACGAAUUUGACCCCAUUCCUGUGUUGAUAUCCAAAAAUUCACAAGGUCUGCAGGGAGAAUCAACGGUAUACUUUGUGGCGAAUGCUGAGCACAAUCCAGGAGGAUCUGCGACUGGUUGCUUCCCGUUGAAGAAACAGCCAGCUGGAGACAUGCUGGACAGAAGAACACAGAGCGCUGGGCACAGAGAAGAGCCGGAGGGCGUGGCGAGGGACGGCCCCUCCAGCAACAGCUCUUUCCAUAGCAGUGAAGGGGAAGGAACAGACCCUGAGGCGGACCUCUUGGAUUGCAGUGGAUCCAGACCUCUGCUAAUGGACUCUGAAGAGGAAGAGGAGGUUUGCAAGAUGAAUCCACAACAUCAAGAAAGGGACAGAGUUUCCCAAGAAGACUUUAAUCCACAGGCUCCCCAAAGUGGCCCAGGACAGUUUCCACUUGAUGCUCUCCAGCAGUCCCCUAGAGGAGCUUCUGAUGAGAGAGACGUCUUUGCCACAGCUCCCUUCCGAAGCUCCAGAACUCUCCUCGAUGACCAGGAUAUCUUCAUUAAAGCACCAUUCAUCUCCAAGAGUCCUGGGUUAGCAAAGCAACUGGAUGAGGGUGACGUGUUCCUUAGAGCUCCAUUCACAAAGAAGAAAAGCCAGGAAGAGUUUAUGUCCCAUAACAUUGCAAAAGAGUCUCCCAUCGCAGCAGUGCUCUUAGGCUCAGCUGGAGCUGCCCACUAUGUGUUGAACCUUGAUACCGCAAUGCAUGGCUCUCCUCUUCCUCAAGGUCAGCAUUCUGCGGCCUCAUCGGCUCAGCCAUCCAGGACCCUCCCUCUUUCUGUCAGACCAAGCGAAGGCCCAGAUUUUGUUCCUUCCAAAGAUGCAUCAAAAGAGUUGGGCAGCAUUCCUAAUGACACACUCCAAGCACAUGCACUCCCCCAAGACGCCCUCUUGAGUCUGAAGGCCAGCAAGCCUUUCUGUCCACAGUCGUUAGCAAAAUACUCCCGUCACUACAGCCCAGAAGGGGACCUGUGUGUCAGCGCCCAGCCCAUUGCCGCUUACAAAGUAGUCUCUCAGACCAACAAGCAAGCCAUUGCUGGGUCCGUUUCUAUUGCCUCUCUUUCUACCAGGACUAAAGAGCUGCCCACUUCUGACCCAUUUGCAUCAGCCCCCUUUCCUUCCAAACUGGGAAAGCAGAAGCCCUAAAUGGCUUCCACUGUGACAAAGGAUGGCCACUUUGAAUAUGCUUUAAAGAGCUGCAAGUCCUUGGGCAGAAUAUACUCCAUGCUUAUAUAUAAUAUAAUUGUCAAGAUUCCAGUUGCUGUGAUACUCGGCUGAGUCAUAUGAAGUUGUUUGUUUCAGGCUGCUAACUGCCAGAUGAUGGAAGUUUUUUCACUUGCUUUUUACAUACUCCUCCCCCUGCCCCCCCUUUGGAAUUUCCUUCCAAUUUUGGGGGGGGGGAUAAUUAUUUGAGCCAGUAGUUACAAGGGGAUUAUACUGGAUAGAAAUGAUUACCUCUUGAUAUUAGUACCCACAAAGGAUUACAGAGCUUAUCAACACUACACUUGGAUGUUCCAGGAAAAAAAAUGGUGACCAGAUGUAACAUUAUUUAAUUUUUCCAACCAAGAGAGAAGGCUAAGAAAAAAAAUUUAUUAGUGGUUGCUAAUAAAUCUUGCCCUAGAACCAACAACUGCCAGUUUGAAAUAGAAGUCUUGUUCUGUAAUAUUUCAUUUUUUGACCUGCAAUUAAUAUUUUAUGCCCUAUUAGUUUUAAGUGAAAGUUGAGGGUUUGGAAUAAGAUCACUCUGACUGACAUGGACCCGGUUAUACCCUCUGUUGAAAUGGUAACAAAAAUGCAGCAAGCCUAGGAACUUAAACAGCAUAAAGUGGUUUUUGCAUGUUCCCAAAGGCAGAGUUUGACUUUUUCACCUGCUACGCAUAACUUGCAAAACCAACUUUUUAUCUGUGAAAAAGAUGCAAACCCAGAUGUAAUCCCUGAGGAGCUUCUAUUGAACUCCAAGUUCCUUCUUCACCCGGUUUGAAAGCCUGUGUGAAAGUAAGCUCCACUCGUCAUUGCCUCCCCUCGCUUAGGAGUCAGAAAUGCAUUGCGAGGAAAGCAGCCCCUUGAGCCCUGGCCAGGCGCCAGUGUGUCCAGCCCUGCCCUGAACACCUGCACAUCCCCUGAAAGAGAAUCAUGCACAUGCUGCCUUUUCAAAGGUUGCACUGAUUGUGCACCCCCAUUGUGGAUGGAACCAGUGGGCAUGCUGGCAGUGCAGCCCCCCCUCUGCCAUGCUCUUGAUAUAAACCAGGCUGGGGGGCUGGGAAGAGAAUAGGUGAACAGGCCUAUUGAGCAUUUCUGGGUUAGGUUCUACACACACACACAAGCUAAUUAAUAAGAGCUUCUAAUGCAGUUACUUUUCUGGUGCAUUUGAAGCGAAUAGUGUUCAAAUGGCCUUUACUUUGUGUUGGGUAUGCUGAUGAAAAGAGUUUUGGCUCUCUAGUGAGCUUCGAUUUUUUUUUUAACGUAUCAGCUAUUUCAUGCCAUAACAAAUAUGGUAUUGGAGUGGUGUAUAAUUUGAUCCUGAUCCUGCUGGCCUCAGCAAUCUUUUGGCUGCUGAAGAUCUGAUUCUACAUAAACAUCAACAAUUGAAUGAUAACUUUUGCAAGUGUUCACCACCUGCUGUUUCACAAAGGGCAGUCUCCUAGUUUUUAACAGACAAUCCAAGAAGCUGGUGCAUCACAGAAUUAACUUGGGAGAGGAAUCCUGAUGAACUGUAGAAAUGUAUGGCAAGCUGACUUGCAGUGGUCAGUUUUGUUGAACUGUGCCUUUUGUGGAAACGUGUCUUCACAUGCUGUGGCUAGACCCAGACAUUCAGAAAUAUCCUGCCAGCUGUGUUUCCUUAACAUGGCUAUUUUACCUCAUAUUCUCACAAAUAUAUAUUUGGGUGCCCCUGCCCCCCCAAGGGCAUGUCUGUAUGUUGUCAAAGGCAGCCCUAUCGUGAUGUAAAGUGAUGCAGAUUUGGAGGUGCCUUAAGGAACACAAUCCGCUCAGAUGUUCUCUGCAAUCCUUUCACUGAGCUGCACGGUGAUGUUCUUGUACAGCUUCCAUCCCUUUGAAUGGGGCUAGCACAGGAGAAUUUUCUGGCAAAUGGUGCUUUGUGCCAGUGGGGAAAGAGGGUGGCCUUUGGAUUUCCUGUCUCAGGCACCUAAACAUCUCAGACAAAUCCUGGCUAUGAAUCAUAAAUAUGGCUGGCUGUUUCCCCCCUAAAGUUCUUUGACUGUACUUGUGUGUGAUCCGUUGUGGGGGGAGGACCUUAGCUGCUCUUGAUAUGAUUAUAUCCUCAUGUUAAGGACCUGUUUGAAAGUCUCCAUACCCUGAAAUGGCCCUUGAUGACACAUCUUUUAUCUUUGUUUGGUACUUCCAAGUGAACCCUGUAGCACUUUGUUCCUACAAAUGGGCAUUCGGUAGGAUGGUGGCUCAGGUUGGCUUCGCUGAAACGUUCUUAAAAAAUGAAUGUGAUGGUCUUAACUUUUUUGACGUGACUUGUGGGUCUGUCUUCCCUGUGCCUACUGCAUGUUGGGGGUUUGAAGACAACCAGCUCUGAGAAUGACAUGAUCAUAAAAAGCCUCUUUUAGCCAAGAGUUCAGCAAUCUUGGCAGAGAAAGAAAGGUAGAUUGUUAAACUUGUUUAACAAAGCAGAAGAUCUGUCCCAAAGGAGCUGCACAUUUGCUCAGUGCUUCACAAGAGUAGUGUACUUCUGUGAUGGGUACCUGGGCCUACAUUUUCAAUGUAGUCAUAUGAACUAUCCCAGCAUCUUUAGACUAUCUUGGAUGCCUCUCUGAUAAUGUGCGAAAGGCCCUUCCCACAAGUUUUCAUGGCCCAUCCGUCUUGCUGUAGAGUCAGGGCAUAGAUAUUACCACAAAAGUUGGGCUCUGGAUGCUCCUCUUCUUAUGAAUUCAAGCCCUGCAUGUGCUGUUAGUCAUUGCUGAUACAAUCUUCAUUCUGCACCUGCCUCUUGUCUUUAAGCAGAUGUGUGUGGUUUCGUUCGUUUAAUUUUUAAAGCCAUUUUUUGCUGUAAAAUUUAUGCAGUUAAUAAUGGCUUGUAGGAAGAAAUAAAGAGGAAUUCGAUGCUGUUUGAUACCUUGGGAUGGGGAGAGUAACUCUCGGGAAAUGUGUUCACACAAAUGUGUGCACCUCCAUUGUUGAAAACAGGAGAUUCAGUGAGCAUCUUUAUGGCGCUUGCCAUUUUAAAAUUAAGCUAGAUGACUGCUUACCUGCUUUGCCUUUACAGUUGUUUUUUAAAAUAGCAAAUCAAGUCAAGAAGAUACACUUUUCGAAAUCAUACUAUGUUUCUCUUUGAAAUAUUUCCUA